UCCCAUCGAUCUGAUCUCCCGUGUCCCUUCUCUCGUUUCCCUGGCAAUGGAGAACGCCGGCGCCGGCGAUGGCGCGCCCAAGCACUACCCGGGCAAGAUGACCGUCUUCGUCUUCAUCGCCUGCCUCGUCGCCUCCUCCGGCGGCCUCAUCUUCGGCUACGACAUCGGCAUCUCCGGUGGCGUGACGUCGAUGGACCCGUUCCUGUCGCGGUUCUUCCCGUCGGUGUACGCCAAGGAGAAGGAGGUGGUGGACACGAACCAGUACUGCAAGUUCGACAGCGAGCCGCUCACGCUCUUCACCUCGUCGCUCUACCUCGCCGCGCUCAUCGCUUCCCUCUUCGCCUCCGUCAUCACCCGCAAGUUAGGCCGCAAGAUGACCAUGCUCGGCGGCGGCUUCAUCUUCCUCAUCGGCGCCGUCCUCAACGGAGCCGCCGUCAACGUCGCCAUGCUCAUCAUUGGCCGCAUCUUGCUCGGCAUCGGCGUCGGCUUCAGCAUCCAGGCUGUGCCGCUGUACCUGUCGGAGAUGGCGCCGGCGAAGAUGAGGGGCAUGCUGAACAUCAUCUUCCAGCUCAUGAUCACCGUCGGCAUCCUCUUCGCCAACCUCAUCAACUACUUCACCGACAAGAUCGCCGGCGGCUGGGGAUGGCGCGUCAGCCUCGGCCUCGCCGCCGUCCCGGCCGUCAUCAUGACCGUCGGCUCCAUCCUCCUCCCCGACACCCCCAACUCGCUCCUGUCCCGCGGCAAGGAGAACGAGGCACGCACCAUGCUCCGCCGCAUCCGUGGCACCGAGGACAUCGGCCCGGAGUACGACGACCUCGUCGCCGCCAGCGAGGCCACCAAGGCCAUCGAGAACCCGUGGCGCACGCUCCUCGAGCGCCGGUACAGGCCGCAGCUGGUGAUGUCGGUGCUGAUCCCGACGCUGCAGCAGCUCACCGGCAUCAACGUCGUCAUGUUCUACGCGCCCGUGCUGUUCAAGACCAUCGGAUUCGGCGGCACGGCCUCGCUCAUGUCCGCCGUCAUCACCGGCCUCGUCAACAUGUUCGCCACCUUCGUCUCCAUCGCCACCGUCGACCGAUUCGGCCGCCGCGUGCUCUUCAUCCAGGGCGGCAUCCAAAUGAUCAUAGCGCAGUUUAUUCUUGGGACACUGAUCGCCGUCAAGUUCGGGACGGCGGGCGUGGCGAACAUCUCGCAGGGUUACGCCAUCGUGGUGGUGCUGUUCAUCUGCCUGUUCGUGUCGGCGUUCGCGUGGUCGUGGGGGCCCCUGGGGUGGCUGGUUCCCAGCGAGAUCUUCCCGCUGGAGAUCAGGUCGGCGGCGCAGAGCGUGGUGGUGGUGUUCAACAUGGCGUUCACCUUCUUCAUCGCGCAGAUCUUCCUGAUGAUGCUGUGCCGCCUCAAGUUCGGGCUCUUCUUCUUCUUCGGCGCCAUGGAGCUGAUCAUGACGGGGUUCGUCUUGGUCUUCCUGCCGGAGACCAAGGGGAUCCCCAUCGAGGAGAUGGACAGGAUCUGGGGGGAGCACUGGUACUGGAGCCGCUUCGUCGGCGCCGGCCGCAACCGGGUCAUGCAGAUGGCCUCCACCAACGUGUGAUGAGUAGUGACUUACCAUGUCACGUGUUCUAUCUAUCUUACAGCUCUAGUGCGGUUUUUGGUACAUGCAGUAAAUUUAAUUAGAGUUUAGCUUGUGACAAGGACGUCCGGUGUGUGAAUUGCUGAGUAGUAGUAGUAUUUUAUAUAUUGGACUACUUUAAUUUGAUGAAGACACACGACUGCAUUGUCUGUGCUUUCCCUUUACUAUGAUCAGAAAUUUUGAUCAAUUUUGUGCUUUCCCUUUAUGUUAUUCUUUUUAUUUAUUUAUUUGGGUAUUAUGAACUUCCCUAGAUCUUCAGAAUUUUGAUCAAAGUACAAUUUUGAUCAAUUUUGUGCUUUCCCUUUAUGUUAUUCUUUUUUU